CUACAGCACCAUCUCUGGAAUAUUAAAAAAAAGUCCAUCAAAUAAUGAGAUAGCAAGGAAUGGUCUAUGCUUGCUCUCGACAACAAUAUGCACACUUCCUUUCCUGUCUGAGUACCGGGAAAGCAAACGAACGACGUCAUAGCUGGUGCAACACAUCCUCUGCCACUCAUGAGAUUCAAUUCAAUUCAGCCAUGCAGGUCUUUUCCUCUUUUGAUGAGAAAUAAUACUGUCCGGUUUAACAGUGAUCAGAGCGCAUAAUAGGCCUACAAUACUACUCUCAUAUCGAUGAUGCCCUCCCCCAAAGACGCCAUACGCUUCGGUUGCCCCUCAGACCAGAAGGACAGGAAGCCUUCGCAGAAUGAAGGCUACCUCGAAACCAUGGAGCGUGGGAUGCAAUCUAUCGCUUGCGGGAACUCAAUAAGCGAGAUUCAGGACCAAAUAACUUCCAUGGCUGAGCAGUCUGCGAAUGAAGUUAAAAAUAACGUUGGUUCCUUCACUUCUGCUGCUACCGAUGCACUUGGGGAUGUCGCGGGGCAGAUGCACGCCAAGGUUGCUGGGGAGGACACGUUACGAAUGGAAGAAGAGUUCAAUAAAGGACAGGAUAAUGUGUCCGAGGCUGAAGAUGUCAAACGCGUCGAUAAUAUGGAUAGUGGUAAAGUGGAGGAUUUUCUCAGGGACCGGCAUAAGAGCUCUGCGGCUAUGCGCCGGUCGGAGUAGAUGUCGCUGGCAUGUUUUAUUUGCUUUGGAUCUAUCAAGUAUUGGUGCUUCUUCAAGUACAGACACGAGCUAUUUGGAUAGAUGGAGCCAGUUGCUUUUUCACC